AUUAACAACAAUGUCUGGACGUGGUAAAGGUGGCAAAGUUAAGGGAAAGGCAAAGUCUCGUUCUAACCGUGCGGGUCUACAGUUUCCUGUGGGUCGUAUACACAGAUUGUUGAGAAAAGGUAACUACGCGGAGCGCGUCGGUGCCGGUGCUCCCGUUUAUCUCGCUGCCGUUAUGGAAUAUCUUGCAGCUGAAGUUCUCGAGUUGGCCGGUAACGCUGCCAGAGACAACAAGAAGACCAGAAUCAUACCUAGACAUCUUCAGCUAGCCAUAAGGAACGACGAAGAGUUGAACAAGCUUCUAUCGGGUGUGACGAUAGCUCAGGGAGGUGUACUACCAAACAUCCAGGCCGUAUUACUGCCAAAGAAAACGGAGAAGAAGGCCUAAAUGACAGCCAGCCCCCCUCAC